AUGGGUUUCAAUCAUAAAGAUUUGAGGUUAUUUGUGGUGGUGGUUGUUGUAGUGAUUAUGAAUAUGGUAGAGAAUAGUGAGGGGAAGACGAUGGGGUGUGAUGUGUUCCAGGGGAAUUGGGUGAUCGACCAAUCAUAUCCUCCCUACAAUGCAUCCUCCACCUGCCCUUUCGUUGGCACAGAGUUCGACUGUCUCAACAAUGGCCGCCCUGAUCAUCUCUAUCUCAAAUAUCGAUGGCAACCUCAUUCCUGCACCUUAUCAAGAUUUAACGGUCUAAGCUUCUUGGAGAAACUAAGGGGCAAGACCAUAAUGUUCGUGGGAGAUUCGUUGAGCAAAAACCAAUGGUUGUCAUUAUUAUGUAUGAUUCAUUCGUCUGUACCUUCUGCAAGUUAUGUUGUAAAAAUGAGAGGGGCCGAAGGUAUCACGACUUACAAUUUCACGGAUUAUGGAGUGAAAGUGGUGUACCAUCACAGCUUAUAUUUGGUAGAUAUUGUGAGAGAGAAAAUUGGAAGGGUGUUGAAGUUGGAUUCGAUUACAAGUGGCAACCUCUGGUUGGGUGUCGAUUACCUUGUCUUUAACACGUGGCACUGGUGGAGCCGUGAAGGCCUUACUCGACCAUUUGAUUAUAUACAAGACGGAGAAGGGAUAUAUAAAGACAUGGACCGUGUGGUUGCAUUCGGGAAGGCAAUUCACACGUGGGGUCAAUGGGUUGAUGCCAACGUCGAUCCAAUUAAAUCCAAGGUUUUCUUUCAAGGGAUUUCACCAACACAUUACAAUGGCAAUAGCUGGGGAGAACCAAAGGCACACAAUUGCUUGGGACAGACUGAACCAGUUCCGGGCUCCACCUAUCCUGGAGCUACGCCGGCAGCACUGACAGUUCUGAAGAAUGAACUUAAAUUCAUCAAGAAACCGGUGACUUUGCUGGACAUAACAAACCUAUCGCUCCUAAGAAAAGACGGGCAUCCGUCGAAAUAUGGGCUUGGAGGGGGAACGGGAAUGGAUUGCAGCCACUGGUGUCUCGCUGGAGUUCCGGAUACUUGGAAUGUAUUGCUUUAUCAUUUUUUGAUCGACAAACCAACCAAAUUUUAA